CCGAAGCCUAUCCGUUAAGAUCCCACUUCUCCUCUUCGCUCCUGCUCUCGCCGAUGGCCGCAUCGAUCGCCGUCGCGACGGGCUCGACCUCGCCGCCCCCUCCGCUCCAUCUCCGCCACCCGCGGCCCGCCGUUCCUCCCUCAACGGGCCCGAGGAGCGUGUCGGGUAGCCUUUCCCCUUCGCACCGACGCGUUCGCGCCGUCUCGUCGCCCAUUGUCGUUCCCAGGAGGAAUGCCAUGUCUGCUAUGCUGUCAAGUUUCAUAUUCUCACAAUUGGGAUCGCGGGAUGAUGCUUUUGCUCAGCCCUCAGUUGCUUUCAGGGAGUACAUAGAUACUUUUGAUGGCUAUACAUUUCUUUACCCAAAGAGUUGGAUCCAAGUUCGAGGAGCCGGUGCCGAUAUAUUCUUCAGAGAUCCUUUUGUUUUAGACGAGAAUUUAUCUGUCGAAUUGUCUUCCCCUUCUUCAUCGAAGUACAAAAGUGUGGAAGAUUUGGGGACACCAGAUGUAGCUGCCACAAAGGUUUUGAAGCAAUACUUGACUGAAUUCAUGUCGACACGACUAGGAGUCCGGCGAGAAUCAAACAUUUUAUCUGCAUCAUCAAGGAUUGCCGACGACGGAAGGCUCUAUUAUCAAGUUGAGGUAAACAUUAAAUCUUAUGCGAGUUAUAAUGAGUUGGCUGUGAUGCCACAAGACAGACAACAGCAGCUCGAAUGGGACAGGCAUUACUUGUCAGUUCUUGGUGUCGAGAACAACCGGUUGUAUGAGCUGAGGCUGCAAACUCCCGAGAAUGUGUUCACGGAGGAGGAGAACGAUCUCCGGCGGGUCAUGGAUUCCUUCAGAGUGGUCAAGGCUGUGAUCUAAGCAAUGUGUAACGUUAGGAUGCUCUACUUAUUUGUAAGAUCACAAGUUUGAGGAUUCAGUUUUGGAAGAAAGUUUUAUUUUUUUUUUUAUCAGGUAUAAAUUUUUCAUAUUUGCAUAAUUAACUGAAUAAAUACAAUUUAUAACUUAAAUUUAUAAAUAAUUUUUUAAGUAAAAAAAAUAUGGAGUAAACUAAGAAAAAACGAUCGUCUUCUCUAUCUUUGCCUUGAGAUCGCAGUUAUGUUGGCUUCUCCGUCUCCGCUUCGUCCCUCUUUCCCUUCCUUUCCUCAGCAGCAGCGACACCGAAGACCUCCGGCGAGAAGUAUCCACGGAAGCGUUACCCCUUCACUUCCCGUGCCACUCCUCGCCUUCCACCGGCUACUCUCGUCGGGCGACCUCGAUCCCGACGAUCUCACCUUAUCCUCCCUCUUAGAAUCCUGCCGCGACCGCCACGCUGCCGAGGAAGGCCGGCAGAUUCACGCACUGGCCGUCAAAAGAGGCUUCGCUGCUUCCUCCGUCCUGGUCCGGCGAUCUCUCCUUCGUACGUACGCCAAGCUCCUCUCCGUCGACGACGCCCUCAAACUGUUCGACCGAUGCUGCCAUCCGGACCUCGUUUCUUGCAACGAUUUGAUCCUCGGCUUGUGCAGAAGCGGCGAUCUGGAGGCUGCGCGAGUGAUUUUUGACGUGAUGGAAGAGAAAAAUGUGGUUUCUUGGAGCCUUAUGGUGGAUGGCUACGCCAGGAAUGGCCUGUUGGAUCUUGCCCAGGAUCUGUUCGACGCAAUGCCUGUGAGAAACCAGUUCUCCUGGAAUUCCUUGAUUUCUGGCUACUUAAGACACGGUCGCGUGGAGGCCGCCCGAGCGAUCUUCGAUCGCAUAAGGGAUCGACUGGGGGUUGUCACUUGGACAGCAAUGGUUUCAGGCCAUGUGCAGAAUUCACAGUAUAAGGAGGCACUGGAAGUUUUCCACCAAAUGCAAGUUGCAGGAGUGGUGCCCAACAAAGUCACAAUUGUGAGCAUUCUUCCCGCGAUCACCGAGCUCGGCGCUCUGAGUCAUGGCCGGUCGAUCCAUGCUUGCUUGUACAAGAUGGACAUAGAAAUCGAUUCAGUUCUUGGUUCUGCUCUAGUGGACAUGUACUCCAAUUGUGGCUGCCUUGAGGAAGCUCUUGUUGUGUUUAAGAACCUUAAUCACAAGGAGUUAUCAGCUUGGAAUUCUGUCAUCUCUGGUCUUGCAGCUCAUGGUCGCGGAGCGGAUGCACUCCGCGUCUUUUACACGAUGCAGAACGACUUCGAAAUGCUUCCGAACGAAAUCACAUUUACAGCUGUGCUUACUGCUUGCAGGCAUACGGGUCUAACAGAGGAGGGACGCAGAAUGUUUUCUCUCUUUACGGAACAUUACAAGUUGAAACCCAACAUAAGACAUUUUGGAUGCAUGGUUGAUCUUCUGGCGCGCGGCGGGUAUCUGAAAGAGGCUUUAGAGUUUGUGGAAUCGAUGCCAAUGAAACCGAACUCGGUUAUUUGGAAGACACUGAUCAAUGCUUGUAGAAUUCACAAGAAUGUAGGCAUGGCUGAUCAUGUAUGGUCAAAAGUAAUUGAAUUGGGUGGUCCUCAAGACAGUGGAUUCUACACUAUGAUAUCUAGCAUCUACAAGGAUGCCGGUCGAGCCGGAGAUGCAAGUAAAGUGAGGAUGCAGAUGAAUGAUUUGCAGGUGAAAAAGAUUGCAGGUUGUAGUUGGAUCGAAUCGGAUGGCAUCGUUCAUGAGUUCUUGAUGGAUGGAGCGAGCUUUCAUGCUCGAGGCUCUGAUAUUCUUGAAGUCUUGCAUCAAAUGCGGGAACUGAUGAAGUUCGACGACUCUAACUCAGAGGAUGCAUGUCUAAUUCUUCAUUCUUGCAUGUCUUAACAAAAUAACAAGGUUGACUCACUGAGGGUCUGCUUGGGGGGACCCUAAACCCUACAUGGAGAGCUCAAUUAGAACCCUAAUCUUUAUCUAUGUGUUUGUGUGGAUAUAUAUAUAGUUUUUUUUUUAUAAUUAAUAUCCCGUUCUGACGAUAUGAUUAAUUCUAGAGGUAAUUAGUCCGGUCCUAUAUAAGUUUUCUAUCCAAUAUCAGGAAAAAUCGAAAAGCACAGAUAGGUCUUAACUGGUGGACGGCUCAACGUCAUAAGUU